GCUCUGCUUUUUAAGUGGAACUUCAACGCUUUGAACGCGUUUAUCUUACGCAUAAACGCCGUUGAGGCUGGAGCUCCGAGCUCGCCUCCGUUGCCAAGCUGGCUAUGCGAGCGUCCCCCCACCAUAACUUGUGAGUCGCUCACCGCCGACAUCGUCCGUCGAGUCGCCGACACCCAAGGACCGAGCUUCGACGGAGUCGUGGCGGUCGCAGACGACCAGAGGCGGCUGUCGGGCAUGCGUGAGCGGCUGAGCGCAGUGGAGGUCCACCCGUUCAUGCAGUGGGAAAUGGAGACGGCGGGUCCAAAUGACAGGCUGGCCAGCACG